GCCUUAUCUCUUACAGUGUACUCCGUACUUUUUCCCUCUUUACCCCACCUCUCUCUUUCUCUGCCUUCCAUCCAGGACUCGCGGUCCGUCGACGCUGUGGCUACUCUCGCUGAUCCGAACGAGUUGUUCUUGCCUGGCGAAAGGCAAAACAAUCUCGCCAUGUCAUCCUCCGUCCCUCUCCUUCGACCGCCCGUCCCUGGCGCCCGCAACAACAACGGCAGCCCGCGAGCUCCGAAGCUCACGUUAGGCAUUCCCCCUCUCCAAGCGCCAAACCUGUCAAUGGCAACGGCGCCCCCGCUCCAGCGCUUCAACCUUUGCCUCAACCUCAACUCCAGCGCCCGGCUGGGCGACCUGGACGACCAACACUGCAACUGUCGACUCCCAUGGGCAGUCAGCAGAAUGUCUCCCAACAGCCAACCCUCAUGCCGAAUGGACGACCAGCUCCGCCCCCGCUGAGCACGAAUGGACUCGGAGGUGGUUCCAGUUUGGAGGUGAAGACCGUCGGACCGGCGUCUGCAACCUCUGCCAAUUAUUCGUCAGCUAAUAAUCUCUCCAUUCGACAAUCUGGCGGCGACUCAUCAGACCCUUCGUCGGCGAUUGGUUCGGUGUACUCAGAUCGCGAUGGUGUGUCGAUGGAACGCGAAAACAGCGUGAAUGGACUCCUUCCCGAUCUGGAUAAACUGUCUUUGGAGAAGGGCCGGCCCCUCGAUGUUGAUGACCUCGAUGAUGAGGGAUGGCAUGCGGCCAGUGAACAGGACAAAAUCGUCGAGUUGGGUAGUCUAGGCGAAGGUGCCGGCGGGGCCGUCACCCGAUGCAAACUCAAGGAGGGAAAGACCGUGUUCGCAUUAAAGAUCAUUACUACAGACCCAAACCCCGAUGUCAAAAAACAGAUUGUUCGUGAGCUCAAUUUCAACAAAGAUUGCGCCUCCCACCACAUCUGUCGCUACUAUGGUGCUUUCAUGGAUAAGUCUACCGGCACAAUUUCCAUUGCCAUGGAGUUCUGCGAAGGCGGCAGUCUCGACAGCAUUUACAAAGAAGUCAAAAAGCUUGGAGGUCGCACUGGAGAGAAGGUUCUCGGCAAGGUCGCCGAAGGGGUCUUGAAUGGGUUGACCUACCUCCACAGCCGCAAGAUUAUCCAUCGAGAUAUCAAACCAUCCAACAUUCUCUUAUGCCGUGACGGCAAAGUCAAACUCUGUGACUUCGGUGUUAGCGGUGAAUUCGGUACCAAGGGUGACGCCAACACCUUCAUCGGCACUUCUUACUACAUGGCUCCGGAACGUAUCACUGGUCAAUCAUACACGAUCACAUCCGACGUGUGGUCUCUCGGUGUGACUCUGCUCGAAGUCGCGCAGCACCGAUUCCCCUUCCCUGCCGAUGGGACUGAGAUGCAACCCCGUGCAGGUUUAAUAGACCUUCUCACAUAUAUUGUCCGCCAGCCAAUUCCCAAGUUGAAGGAUGAGCCGAACAGCGGCAUUCGUUGGUCGGACAAUUUCAAGUACUUCAUCGAAUGCUGUCUGGAAAAAGAACCUCCUCGACGAGCAACUCCCUGGCGGAUGCUGGAACAUCCAUGGGUACUGGACAUGAAGAACAAGAAGGUCAACAUGGCAAACUUUGUGAGGCAGGUAUGGGAUUGGAAGGAGUAAAAACCGAAGGAUCCCACCGAGACCUCCCAGUCUCGCAUUGCACUGCAUUUUUAGUUCCACUUUUGAGUAUAGGUGGCUGGAUCCCUAAGGAUUGACCUGGCUGUCAACACCACUCAAACGACCCAUUCGUCACGACUCAUCCAAUGCUUUUUGUGCUUUCCGCUUCUUUUCCCUCCCGGGCCGGAACUCGCGGAGUCUCGACAACUUUCUCAUACCCUAUCAUACCAUCCUGCUGUUUUCUCCAUCUUCCAGCGACACAGAUUUCAUCGCCAACGCUUCACCUCCUACGAUCCUUUACGGCCUGACUCUCCCGCAUUGCAUUCCUUCCAAUAUCCCCAUCCCUCCGUGGUGUCUCUCUCCCUAUCUCUCCUUUAUUUACAUUACAUUACCUAUUCCAUUCUCAUUCCCUCCCUCCUCUCUCUCUUCCCUUAUCCAUGGGAUGGACCCCCUCUCUUUCCAUUUGCUAUUCUAGUUUCUGGUUUCUCCUUUCCUGUGACAUUUCGAGCCUGGACAUAUCGGUCAUCUUGGUAUAUGGCCUUCUUCUUUUUCCUUUACGUGUAUAGCGCUCUUCCCUUGGUUCCUGUGUCUGAUUUAGGGUUUUACUUGGGGUCAUCUUUGCUUUGCAUCAUCUUUGCUUUGCACUGGAUGCGGGAGUGUAUGCAGGGCAUUGGAAGCUUCCUUAAUACCAUUGCAUCUGACUUAAAGUUACGUCGAUAUAAUAGUGCGUAGAAGCAUACACAACUUAUACCGUGGCUACCUACCUGUGAUUUACAUGUCUACGAGGGAUACACAAUAAAGCCUC